AUGAUACUUGAUAGAUAAACUGGAAUAUGUAAAUGUAGACAUUAAUUCUAUAGAAAAGGAGAUUAAUGUUACUAAUGCAAAAAUUAUUGCUAAGGCUGUAUUGACGCUAAUACAUGUAUAUAAAUGGAUCCUAAUAGAAUGUAAAAUGGUGCUUGCAAGGCUGAUUAUUUUGAUGAUGGCUAUUCCUGCUUACUAGUUAAAUUUAACAUAGAUUCUCUAUAAAAUUUUUAUAAAACUUUGUUUAUUUAAUAAGCUGGAGGAGUUUGUAACUAAAAUCCAGACCCAUCUACAUAAGUAACAUAUCCUAUAUUAAGAAUAAUAACAAAAGUUGGUUAGCUAUUUGCUUUUUAAUUUAAAAUUAUAACACCUGAAGCAUAUUCGUGCCUUGCUUACUUAGCAGAUAACUUAGGUAAUGAAGUUUUCACAGUAAUGUUCAAGACACAGACAGUUACCUCACCUUGGGGAACAACUGGUUCUAUUUCAUAUUACUAUGUUGCUUUCUUAGCAAAUGGCAUUUUUUUGUAAUAGGUUUUAAUAAACAAAGAUGAUUAUACAUGGAUAGGAAUUUAUACAACAUAUGAUUAUGUUAUUUUUUUUAUUAAUACUAACGGAUAAUAACUUCAAACUCAAGCUUAUGACGUAACUAGCCAAUUUUCUUCAAUAGAUUUCAGUUAAAAAUUUACUUUAUGUGUAGGGUAGUGUAAAUCUAAAUAUUAAACUUCUACAACUUUUAUAUGCGCUGACUUUUAAUUUUUUCAAAUAAUAUACAUUAUACAAUACCCAGAAGAUAUUAGAUAGAUGUAAAAUUUAAUAGCUCUUUAAACAAUUGUAGCCUUUUCAUUUACAGUAAAUUUUGAAAGCAUUAAAUUUACUAAUUAGUUUAAUGAUUAAAAUACAGGCGCAAAACUUAAUAUUUCAGCAAAUCCAAAUAAUACUUUUUUUGAUAGGUUUAAAGGAAUUCUGUUCUCGCCAUAAAAUUCAGGAUAAAUUUCUAAUUUGUCUCUUUAAAAUAGAAUACCAACAAUUUCAGUAAGUAUAUUUAUACAAGAAAUUACUUAUCAAGUUUAAAUCUUAAAAUUGAUCUAAGCAUCUAAUUUAUAGUUGGAAUAUUACAUAGUUCCCUACGGGACUAGAGCUUUCAUAAGAAUUUGCUACAAUGAUUUACAAUAUUUCUAUAAUUCAAAGUGUUAAGAUACAGUUUACUCAAUGCUAUUUUUGAAUUAACCUAAUACACUUUAAAUCAUUUAUAGAAAUAGAAGUCCUUAUUUUAGUGAUAUAUUUAUUUAAGAGUUUGAAAUAAUCUGUAAUUACUAAAUUGAAAUUAUGACAUUCACUAAUUCUCGUUUAUCUCCUAUUAUCACAGAUACACUUUUCUUAUUCUAAUAAACUAAUGAAUAAAAUUCUGGAAAUUUUCUUAUUUACUUAAAUCAAAUUGAAAUUCAUGUAGGAGACGGCUCCUAUUAUGAAGAUAUAUCUAAUUAUAAACCGUGCUUUCUAUUAAAGAAUGUUUAUGAUAUGAAGUGCCUAAUCUUAAAAAGUGGGUUUUUGUUUUAUAAUAAUGUUAUAAUAACACAAUAAGAUUGUCUUUCAUACUCAUAAUAUUUAGGAACUCUACAUGUAAUUAACUACUCAGCUCAGCAAUGCAUAGAUACGAAACUUACAAAUUUAUGUAUCGAAAUCUAUAGUUAAAGCUAAAAUAUCAAGUGUAAAACUUGCAAAUAUCCAAAUUCAGAUCCAAAUAAUAAUUGCUUGUGCCCAUCAGGAAUGUUUUUGGAUUCGACUACUUUGUCCUGUUAAAAAUGUAACCCGUACUGUUUAACUUGCAAAACUUCAAGUGACAAUUGUACUUCUUGCUUAUAUCCAGAUUAAGCACCUCCCCAAUGCAAUUGCAUUUAAAAAAAUAUGUAUUUAGAUACAAGUCACAUAUGCUAAUAUUGCUCUUAUAAAUGCCUAUCAUGUGAAUUUUAAUCUGAUUUAUGCACAUAGUGCGGAUUCUAUAGAGAGACACCUCCAUUAUGUAAUUGUAGCCCAUAAUACUAAGAGAUUAACUAAAUAUGUUACCCAUUAAUUUGUGAUACAAAGUGUGAAAGCUGCUCAAAUACUUCAUCAAAUUGUGCUACUUGCAAAUAAGGUAGAAUUUAACCUCCUAACUGUGUCUGUGAUAUAAAUUAUAUAGAAAAUUUAUUUGAUGGCACUUGCGUUCCUUGCCCUUAAGGAUAAUUUUAUGACUCAAAAUAAUAAGCGUGCAUAGCUUGUAUUGCACCUUGUAAAUCGUGUUCUGGCUAAGCAAAUUACUGCUUAGAAUGCUAUGAAGGUUUUAUAGAAGAAAAAAAUGAUUGUAAAUGUUAAGAAGGAUUCUCAGUAGCUAAAAUUUAAAAUAACAAAUAUGAUUGUUUGAAAAAUAUGGGAGUAAGUCUAAAUAUUGUUUAUUCUAAGUCAUCUUACUAUCUUAACUUUAAAUUUGAUUUAGAUAUUGAAAAUAUAAGUAGCUACUAUCAAUAAAAUAUUGAUAAACUAAUAAAUUUAUAUUUUUAAGAAAUUCCAUCAAAUUUAUAUUCCAUAAGCAAUCCAACUAUUUCAGGAAAUACACUUAUUGUGAAGAUAAAUAUUAUGAAAAGUUUCCAAACUUUGUCAGGUAAAGUUAAAUUUUUUGACACAAGUUAAAUUGUUGAUGUUUCAAAGAAUUAUGUUCUUGAUAGAAUAUAUUAAAUAAAUCCACUUUCUUUUACUAUUGGACCUUUCGUAUUUAAAGAAUCUACUCUAGGUUCUGGGUUUAUUAACUAAGUUUUAGAUAAUUUAGAAUAUCAAAACGCAGGUGUAAAUAAAAUAGCUUAAGAUCUUCGGAAAGCUAAUUUUUCCAGAAAUAGUUGA